CUAGACUGUCAUUGGAUGCAAUCUGAGGAACACGUGACAUGCGGAAGUGUCGCACACAUGUGUAUGCGUUUUCUGCCUGACCUUAAAAAUCUUAAUCUUUGAGUAAAAUUAAAAUGAAUCGGUGAUGUUCUUAAUUAUAAAGCCUUAUUUACGAAUCUGAAAUGGAUCCCAACUUGCAGUACUGGCAGAGCAAUGACAAGUCUUUUCUGAGUCGCCUGCGUCUCUGGUUCAAAAUCCUCGACCCCAGUUUAGUUUUAUCAUCAGAGGCUGAAAUUCAACAAGCCCGUAUUCUUCUUCAAAAUGAAGGAAAUAAACACAAAAAUGACAAAGUUUCUGAUGCCUGGUUACUAUCUCUUUCAUCUGUCCAUGCUGAUACUGGAUCUUUAAUUUCUCCACUGUUUCGUCCACAAGUUUUUCUACCUAUAUCCGCUCCUUUGGUGGUGGCAAGUUUAUUACCCCACAAAGGUGUUAAACCCGCCUUGUUUUGGCAGUUUUUACUACAUACUUAUUGUGCAGGAUUCAAUCAUGCUAACAGAAAUGCAACAGCGAAUUUGGAUAACAAAACAUCAUUGAAACAAUCUCUUCUUAUUACUGGAACAGUUGCUUACACGACGUGUGCAGGGGCUCUUCCUCAGAUUUUACUUAAGCGUUUUAGACUGAUCAGUGCUGUGACUGAGUCCUUCUCUAGAUCUGUGUUGCCAAUUCCACUCUCAGCUUGUCUAGCUGCAUUUAGUGUAAUGGUGGUGAGAAGUGAAGAAGCAGAGAAUGGAAUACGAGUGUUUGAUUCUAAGGGCAAUCCUGUCGGAGUCUCCAAGAACGCGGGUUCAAAGGCUGUAAAGGAGACAACCCUCUCAAGAGCGACUCUCUUUGGCACCACUGCAGCUGUUCCUAAUUUAUUGCUAGUUCUUCUCAAAAGGGCAAAGUUCAUCCAAAGAAACCCAAUGAUAAUCGCCCCCGUUCGACACAUCACUACUGCCAUUGUUUUUGGUCUGAUGAUUCCUGUGUCCUUCAGUCUUUAUCCACAGCUUGGCAAGAUUAAGAAGGAGCAUUUAGAAGAGGAGUUUCAGUCGCAUGCCAGUACUGAUGAACUGUUUUACCACAGAGGACUAUGAUGUUGUCACUUCAGAUCUACAGUGUGAUGUAUAUUGACACAGAUUGUGCUCACACACAUGAGAAUAAAAAUCAAUACUAAGCAAACUAAUACUAAAAAAACAUAAGGUUAUGAUGAGUUUAUAUUCAUUUAAGAAAUUCACUUCAUCAUGCUAAAAUGACUGGAAUAUGGCAUUGCAAAUAGAAUUUAUGAAGUAAACUGAUAAAAUAGCAUUUUGGAAAGGAUUAGAACAAUGUAAUGUAAAGUUUUUCCAGACAUCAUAUUGCACACAUCAGUAUCUUUAAUGAGCAGGUUAGGCACAGAGAAUAGCCCUUGAUAAAAGUUUUUUUUUUUUAGAUGAAUAAAGACCUGUAACAAUAUCAUAUGCAGUUCUUGAAAGUGUGAAAGAAUAUAAUCAUAAAGUAUUAUAUAGCAUAAAAAGUAAAUACAUUGAUCGUGUCCAGUUCAUUAUUGUCUAGAUCAGCUGUCUUAAACCCUGCUACUUGUGAACUACCGCGUCUACAGUUUUAGCUCCAACUCAAAUCAAACCAAGCAGCUUAUGUAAAAGCUCAUCAUCAUAUAUUAUGCAUUAAUAAAGAAUCCUUUCAAACAGUCCAGUAUCUCCUCUUUUUUU